CCAGCAGUGCAACAGUGCAUAGUUAGUGUGAAACAUUUUUAUCGCCAUACAAUACUAGUUAUAACAACAAUGAAUUACACCAGAUUCAUUAAUGGAUUGUCCGCAGCUCGAAAACCAUCGCCUAUCCGAGAAAUGACUAAGCUACUGACCCAAGGAUCUCCUGACCUGGUAUUUUUGGCAAGUGGAGUUCCCAACCCAAGUAUGUUUCCUUUUCAGGGUGCCUCAAUUAAUUUAAGAGAUGGUAGCACAAUACAGCUCGAAGGGAAGACAAUAAAUGACGCAUUACAAUAUGGGCCAACUCAGGGGUAUGGUCCACUAUUGGCACAACUAAAAGAAAUGCAGCAAAAGCUUCACAGCCCACCUUGUUGGACAAAUACAGAAGUUCUUAUUACUAAUGGAAGUCAAGAUGGGCUGUGUAAAGCUUUUGAGAUGAUGAUGAACUUAAAUGAUCAUGUCAUUGUUCAAGAACCUGUGUACGCUGGAACUCUUGCAAUUCUAAACCCUUACAAACCACAGUACAUCCCAGUGCAGUGCGAUGCAAACGGAUUGAUACCCGAGGAAUUAAGGCGCUCUUUAGAAAGCAAAUGGAAAUCGGAAGACACCCAAUCCUCCAAGUCUGAUGUUCCUAAAGUGUUGUACGUUAAUCCAGCUGGAGCCAAUCCAACAGGCGUUUCUAUUCCGUUGAGCAGACGACAAGAGAUCUAUCAGAUAGCCAAAGAUUUUGAUUUAAUUAUCUUUGAGGAUGAUCCUUAUUACUUUUUACAGUUUGACAAGGAACGGACUCCAAGUUUCCUUUCACUAGACACUGACGGUCGAGUCAUUCGAUUCGAUUCUCUUUCCAAAGUAUUGAGCUCUGGCAUUCGCCUUGGGUACGUCACAGGUCCCCGCGAAUUAGUCGAACCAAUUACGUACCACAUGCAAGUCUCAGUUCUUCAUGCUUCAUCCCUGUCCCAGGUUUUAGUAUCAGAGCUGCUGAAACAAUGGGGACAUGAAGGUUUUCUGGGACAUGUUGAUCGUGUACAAAAAUUCUAUUUUCAGCAACGGGAAAUUAUGCUAAAGGCCGCAGAAACCCAUUUGACAGGACUUGCCGAGUGGAAUGUUCCGCAAGGAGGGAUGUUUCUUUGGAUUAAAUGCUUGGGAGUCAGUGACACACGACCAAUGAUUAUGGACCGAGCCCUGAAAAAAGAUGUAAUUUUAUUACCUGGUCGCGAGUUCAUGACAGAUCCAUCCCAGCCAUGUCCCUAUAUGAGAGCGUCCUUUUCUCUCGCCUCUCCGGAAAAUAUUGAUCGAGGAUUCCGCAACUUGGCGCAGCUCAUACGCGAAGAAAUCGAAUUGACCAAGAAAGUCUGAUUACAUUACGUGAGAGCAAAACAGACAGUAAGAUUUAUGAUAUUAACAUGCACAAUCAAUGUAACAUACCAUUUUUGGUAGUGAACAAGCAAAGGGAAAUUGAAAGGUAGUUAAAGGAUUA